UCUGAUGGUUUAUCUAAAUGUUUGGUUAAAACUGGGAAUAUGGAAGGCGAAGGAGGGACAAGAAAUCACGAUGCUACAAAUUCGAAUACAAUUCCUUUCUCAUUCAGUUUAAAAGAUGCCGAAUUUGAAAAAUUAAAAUCCAAUCCUCAAUAUGGAAAGAAUUGUGGAUCAAAAGGAAGCAAAGUUUGUGAAAAUAGUGGGGGAAAGUGUUUAAAACAAGCAGAUUAUUCAAUUGGAUGGGCAAGUAAAUCUAAUCAAGUUUUUUACGCAGUUCAGCCAAGUAAGUAA